CAGUAUUGUACGACAUGGAGAAAGCCAGUGGGGAGGGCUUUCGGCAUGUGAUACAUUGAUGCAAGAACAGCAAUAGAAAUUAAUGUCUGAAUAUAAAAGUAAUAGUGACGUUAAUGUUUUUUAAAUCAUAACGUGGUUGACAAAAAACUAAUCAUGGUGAAGGAACAAUUUAGAGAAACAGAUGUGGCUAAGAAAAUAAGCCACAUCUGUUUUGGAAUGAAAUCUGCUGAACAGAUGCGGCAGCAGGCGCACCUCCAGGUUGUCAGUAAGAACCUGUACAGUCAGGACCUCAGCCACACUCCUUUGCCCUAUGGCGUGCUGGAUCAUCGCAUGGGUACAAGUGAAAAGGAUCGUCCAUGCGAGACCUGUGGAAAGAAUCUUUCAGACUGCCUCGGACACUAUGGAUACAUUGAUCUAGAGCUUCCUUGUUUCCACAUUGGAUACUUUAAAGCUAUUAUAGGUGUCCUGCAGAUGAUUUGCAAAACAUGCUCCCACAUAAUGCUUUCUAAGGAUGAAAGAAAACAGUUCUGGGAUUUUUUGAAGAAACCAGGGCUGACCUAUCUUCAAAAACGGGGUCUAAAAAAGAAAAUCUCAGACAAAUGCAGGAAAAAAACCACCUGUUCUAAUUGUGGAGCUUUUAAUGGUCCAGUCAAAAAGUGUGGCUUGUUGAAGAUAAUCCAUGAAAAGUACAAGACGAAUAAGAAAGUGGUUGAUACAGUUGUGACUGAUUUUCUUCAGUCAUUUGAUAUAGCAAUAGAGCACAACAAAGAAGUGGAAUCGUUGCUGGGGAGAGCUCAGGAAAACCUUAAUCCGUUGGUGGCACUGAACAUGUUUAGAAGGAUCCCCUCUGAAGAUGUUCCUUUGCUUUUGAUGAACUUGGAGUCAGGGAAGCCUGCAGAUCUAAUUCUGACACGACUGCUGGUCCCACCUUUGUGCAUCAGGCCAUCCGUGGUCAGUGAUCUUAAGUCUGGAACCAAUGAGGAUGACCUAACUAUGAAACUGACUGAAAUCAUCUUUCUCAAUGAUGUCAUCAAAAAGCACCGAAUGUCUGGAGCAAAAACUCAAAUGAUAAUGGAGGAUUGGGACUUUCUGCAGUUGCAAUGUGCACUGUACAUCAAUAGUGAGCUAUCAGGAAUUCCACUCAAUAUGGCUCCCAAGAAAUGGACCAGAGGCUUUGUGCAGAGGCUCAAGGGAAAACAAGGACGUUUCAGAGGAAACCUGUCUGGAAAAAGAGUUGAUUUCUCUGGCAGAACAGUUAUCUCUCCAGACCCAAAUCUGCGAAUCGAUGAAGUAGCUGUGCCUAUCCAUGUGGCCAAGAUACUGACCUACCCUGAAAAGGUGAAUAAAGCAAAUAUAGACUUUAUGCGAAAACUUGUUCGAAGUGGACCUGAGGUCCAUCCUGGAGCAAACUUUAUUGAGCAGCGACAUACAAACAUGAAAAGAUUUUUGAAGUAUGGCAACCGUGAGAAGAUGGCCCAGGAACUGAAGUUUGGGGACACUGUGGAGAGGCAUAUGAUAGAUGGGGAUAUUGUGCUAUUCAACAGACAGCCGUCUCUGCACAAGCUCAGCAUUAUGGCUCACAUUGCCAAAGUAAAACCACACAGAACGUUCCGAUUUAAUGAAUGUGUCUGCACACCGUAUAAUGCUGAUUUUGAUGGUGAUGAAAUGAACCUUCAUCUGCCUCAGACAGAGGAGGCCAAAGCCGAGGCUCUUGUUCUCAUGGGGACGAAAGCCAACAUGGUAACUCCCAGAAAUGGAGAACCACUAAUUGCUGCUAUCCAGGACUUUCUGACAGGUGCCUAUCUCCUUACACUGAAAGACACUUUCUUUGACCGAUCAAAGGUUUGUCAGAUAGCUGCGUCCGUUCUUGUAGGGAAAGACGAAAAGAUAAGGGUUCACCUUCCACCUCCUGCAAUCUUAAAGCCCAUAACCCUUUGGACUGGUAAACAGAUCUUCGGCCUGAUUCUAAAACCCAGUAAGACAUGUCCUGUUAAAGCCAACCUUCGCACCAAAGGCAAGCAGUAUUGUGGCAGUGGAGAGGACCUCUGUCGGAAUGACUCUUUUGUUGUGAUUCAGAACAGCGAGCUGGUCUGUGGCAGCAUGGACAAGGGAACCCUGGGUUCUGGGUCCAAGAAUAACAUCUUCUACAUCCUGCUGAGAGACUGGGGCCAAAUGGAGGCUGCAAACGCCAUGUCCCGUCUGGCCAGACUUGCUCCAGUCUAUCUCUCAAACCGUGGCUUUUCGAUUGGGAUUGGUGAUGUGACCCCUGGCCGGGGGCUGCUGAAAGCCAAACAUGACUUGCUAGAAGCUGGAUAUAAGAAAUGUGAUGAGUACAUUGAGGCUCUCAACACUGGCAAAUUGCAGCAACAGCCUGGGUGUACAGCGGAGGAAACACUAGAGGCUCUUAUUCUGAAGGAGCUGUCUGUUAUCAGAGACCAUGCUGGCAGCGCCUGUCUUAGGGAACUGGACAAGAGUAACAGCCCGCUGAUCAUGGCGCUGUGUGGUUCAAAAGGGUCAUUCAUUAACAUAUCACAGAUGAUUGCCUGUGUAGGACAGCAAGCCAUCAGUGGGUCUCGAGUCCCUGAUGGCUUUGAGAACAGAUCCUUGCCACAUUUUGAAAAGCACUCAAAGCUCCCAGCAGCAAAAGGCUUUGUUGCAGACAGUUUCUAUUCUGGUUUGACUCCCACUGAGUUCUUUUUCCACACUAUGGCUGGUCGUGAGGGUCUGGUGGACACUGCUGUCAAAACAGCUGAAACAGGAUAUAUGCAGAGGCGACUUGUGAAGUCACUUGAAGACUUGUGCUCUCAAUAUGACCUCACGGUCCGGAGCGCCACUGGUGACAUCAUACAGUUUAUCUAUGGGGGUGAUGGAUUAGAUCCUGCAGCAAUGGAAGGGAAAGAUGAGCCUUUGGAAUUCAAGAGAGUGCUGGAUAAUAUCAGAGCUGUUUAUUCCUGCCACGAUCAACCAGCCCUCAGCAAGAAUGAACUGGUUUUGAAUUCAGAAUCUAUCAUGAAGAGGAGUGAAUUCUUGUGCUGCCAAGAUAGCUACCUGCAGGAAAUCAAAAAAUUCAUCAAGAGUGUUUCAGAAAAGAUAAAAAAGACAAGAGACAAAUAUGGCAUAAAUGACAAUGGAACAACUGAGCCAAAGGUUCUGUAUCAGCUGGACAGGAUCACACCAACCCAGCUGGAGAAGUUCUUGGACACUUGCAGAGACAAGUACAUGAGAGCCCAGAUGGAGCCUGGGUCUGCUGUUGGUGCUUUGUGUGCACAGAGUAUUGGAGAACCUGGCACGCAAAUGACCCUAAAGACCUUCCACUUUGCCGGUGUAGCUUCUAUGAACAUCACUCUUGGUGUACCCAGAAUCAAGGAAAUCAUUAAUGCAUCCAAAAAUAUCAGUACCCCAAUUAUCACAGCACACCUGGAUAUGGAUGAUGAUGCUGACUUUGCACGCCUUGUAAAAGGAAGAAUUGAGAAAACCCUUCUAGGAGAGAUUUCAGAAUACAUUGAAGAAGUCUUCCUUCCAGACGACUGUUUUAUUCUGGUGAAGUUGUCGUUGGAAAGAAUAAGACUUCUGAGGUUGGAGGUUAAUGCAGAAACUGUCAGAUACUCUAUCUGCAUGUCAAAGCUACGGGUAAAGCCUGGAGACAUUGCAGUCCACGGAGAGGCAGUUGUCUGUGUCUCACCUCGGGAGAACAGCAAGAGUUCCAUGUAUUAUGUUUUGCAGACCUUGAAAGAACUACUACCAAAGAUUGUGGUGCAAGGUAUUCCAGAAGUUUCAAGGGCAGUCAUUCACAUUGAUGAAAAGAGUGGAAAGGAGAAGUAUAAGCUUUUGGUAGAGGGAGAUAACCUACGAAGUGUUAUGGCAACUCAUGGAGUCAAUGGAUCAAGAACGACUUCCAACAAUACAUUUGAGGUGGAGAAAACUCUGGGUAUUGAAGCUGCUAGGUCAACUAUCAUCAAUGAGAUUCAGUACACAAUGGUAAACCAUGGAAUGAGUAUCGAUAGAAGACAUGUUAUGCUGCUUGCAGACCUCAUGUCCUAUAAGGGUGAAAUUUUAGGAAUCACAAGAUUUGGUCUGGCAAAAAUGAAGGAGAGUGUUUUGAUGCUGGCUUCUUUUGAGAAAACUGCUGAUCAUCUGUUUGAUGCUGCAUACUUUGGACAAAAGGACUCUGUUUGUGGUGUUUCAGAGUGCAUUAUAAUGGGGAUACCAAUGAACAUUGGAACAGGGCUUUUCAAACUUUUACACAAAGCUGACAAGGAUCCAAACCCUCCAAAGAGACCUCUGCUUUUUGAGAACAGUGAUUUCCACAUCCCUAUCACCACGUAGCAGUACCGGAAAAGACAGUCAUGAAUUAUUUUGUUUGUUUUAUUUAGCUUAUUAAUUUACUAAAGCGGGUAGAAUGAGUCAUGUCUAUAUACUUGAACCCCCCAAAAACAAAACAAAAAAAAAAACAACCUAUGUGGUUGAAAGAAUUACUUUACAGAAGACUUUUUGUUGCCAAUUCCUGUUUGAAGGGUAGCAGAAAUCCAUACCCUUAUGUACAUGGAUCAUAUAGAAGACAGUGACUGCACAUCAAAAAGUAUAUUUCAGUUUUGUCACUUUUUGUAACUACAGUAUAGUAACGCCGUGCUUAAGUACAUUUUGAUAAUAUGGUUUUGUGAAACCAUGGGAUCUUCAGUAACAAAAACGAAUUGUUAACACAUCCUUGGGGGAAUAGGAUAAAUGUGUUCAAUAAAGUUACUUUAUUUAUAGAUAGAUCGAUAGAUGUAACUACACACUUUAUAAGUGCUGAGGUGAUAAACACAUCCCCUUUAUUCUCGUUUGAUAAGGCACUUAUAUAUUUGAGCCCACUUUGCUCUUGCACUUCCACUGUAACUUUUUAUCCAACCACUAGAAUGUCAUUGUUUUGACUGCGUAUCUUGACAAACCUUAACCUAAAAGUAAAUCCAUGGAGACUACCUGCUGUGAAUUGCCAGCAUGCAGACUGUUUUUAUAAUUGAGCUAGGUUCACUUCAAUUAAGACAACCUUUGCAUCAAUGUUGCAUGGUACAAUAAAAAUCCCCCCCCCCCCCCCCCCCCCAUCUAGCAGAAAGCUAGGUCAUGCACCAGAUGCAACUGUGCUUCUUCUCAAUGAUCCUAUCCUCGGUAAAAUACUAUUUCUUGUGUUACUGGAGUUGCCUUGAUUAGUGACUUGAGUUUAGGAAAUGGUUCUGUGUGUUGUGCUGUCAAAAUAAUUGAUCAAGAGGAACUGGCGUAGAUUUAAAUUGGUUUCCUUCUGAUGGUAGGUAGAAGAGUGGAGUGGAAUAGCUUGUAAAAGUGUUUGUUUUUUUGUAAAUAAAAUCAUUCCUUUUUUUUGUCUAAACUAACACAUUAAAGUAAAAUAUUACUUUAAAAGAAUAGUCACUGAUGAAAGGGGGAACCAAAAGGAAAUAAGCUUAAGCAGUUACCGCUGUUUUCUUACAGCACCUACAAUUGUUAUUGAUAGGGAUCAUUUGGCUUCUGUUACAAUAUAAUCUCCCAUUUCCAAUGUUGAUAACAUGCACUGACAAAACAGCUGGGUAUAAGGAGUCCAUACAAGAGUGCCCCCUCCAGAGUAAAUGAGAUUCUCCAUGUAAAUGAGUGCUGGUGUGAAGAGUGUGAGGUUGAGGGAUUGUUACCUCUGUUCAUUGGGAUGUCUUGUCUCUCCCAGGGUCCACCAGAAACCUUGCUGCCAUUGUAUAAUUUUCUAUUAAAGGUGGUGCUCUAAAGAA